AUGAAAGUGUCUCAGCAAAGAAUUUCAGAUAACUCUCUCUCUCUCUCUCUCUCUCUCUCUCUCUCUCUCUCUCUUUCUCAUAUUCUUUCUCUUUCACUUUCUCUCUCUCUCUCUCUUACUUUCUUUCUUUCUCACACUCUCUGUCUCUCUCUCUCUCUUUCUUUCUAUUUCUCUUUAAGCGCCAUGUCCCAUCAGAUUGCAAGUGAUUAUGUCUUUCUACGUUUAGGCAAGAUUUUCAACAGCUCAAAGAUGAUUUUCGCCCUAUGUCUGAUGUUGUGCGCCGUGGGAUCUAUUCACACGAGUACCAUUCCCUUGGAGGGUGUUCAGAAAUACGUCCUGGACUACCACAAUGACCUGAGGAGAGGGGAACAUGCCGCCAAUAUGAUGAAAAUGUCCUGGAGUGACCAGCUAGCCAGUGAAGCAGGAGCCUGGAUCAAAUCUUGCAACUUCGAACAUCAGAUGAAAGGUCGUGGCGAGAACUUGGCAUUUGACAGCAACCCCGGUGAACUGCAGACCAUCCUCAAAGGCUCAAUGGACUCUUGGUUUUCCGAAAAGAAAGAUUUCAAUCGAAAUGCUAACAGCUGCUAUAUGUCUUGCCAUUACACGCAGCUUGUUUGGGCAAACACAACCGAAGUUGGAUGCGCUGCCGAAAGAUGUCCUUCCUUGUCUGCAUUUGGAAUGAAUGUCAAAAACGCCCUGUAUUUUGCUUGCUUCUAUAACCCAAUGGGUAACAUCGGAACCAACAUUUAUACUCCCGGUCCAGCUUGUUCUAAAUGCCCGAGUGGUGCUACCUGCGAUAAUGACCUUUGCGUUGGUGGUAAGAGAUUUUCCUUAAUUAUAUCAAUUCAUUCAAACGGCAAAAUCGGUGACUUUAAAAAAAAUUCCUAA